AAUAAAUAAAUAAAUAAAUAAAAGAAAUUGGAGUAAUGUAAUAAUAAUUAGAAAAAGAGGAUGGACAAAUGGUUCUCUCAAAAUCGCUCUCAUUCUAAUCCUAAGACUAAAUUUGGAGAGAAAUCAUUUUGUGGCGGAAAUUUUCAAAAAUCAAUUCCAACGAACGAACCACAAAUUCCUUCAUAGAGAGAUGCGGAUUAACACAGACAAAACCAAAGAAGUGUUCGGAUGUCAAGAAAUUCAAACAAAAUCCCUUAAAUCUCAUCAAUCAUUCAACUAUCCAUCUCCAAAUUUCCCCAUUCCCGAACCCACAAUCGAAGCCCUAACAAAAAUUUCACUCACUUCACAUUCACUGAGAUCCUGCACCAAUGGCGAGCAGCGACAUCGAAAUCGGAGGCCGGGGGGCGGCGUCGAGGAAAGACUAUUUCGAUCCGCUUCCGGCGCCGAUGAUCGACAUGGAGGAGUUCGCGAAAUGGUCGUUUUACAGAGCUAUCAUUGCUGAGUUUGUGGCGACUUUGUUGUUUCUGUACGUCGUCGUUUUGACGGUGAUCGGAAAUAGUAGCCAGACGGACCCGCUCAACGGUGGGAAUGUAUGCGCCGGAGUUGGCCCCGUAGGAAUCUCGUGGGUCUUCGGGGGUAUGAUCUUCGUCCUCGUCUACUGCACCGCCGGAAUCUCUGGAGGGCACAUAAAUCCAGCAGUGACAUUCGGAAUGUUUUUAACAAGAAAGAUAUCGUUGGUCCGAGCGUUGCUCUACAUCAUAGCUCAGUGCAUAGGGGCCCUAUGUGGGUGCGCCUUGGUCAAGACAUUGCAGAGAGAUCGUUACAACCACUACGGCGGUGGUGCUAAUCAGCUCGUUGAUGGUUAUAGCCGAGGCACUGGCCUUGCUGUUGAGAUUGUGGGCACCUUUGUUCUUCUGUAUACCGUCUUCUCCGCCACUGAUCCCAAACGCAAUGCUAGAGAUUCCCAUGUUCCUGUCUUGGCUCCACUCCCCAUUGGCUUUGCUGUCUUCAUGGUUCACCUCGCCACCAUUCCCGUCACCGGCACUGGCAUUAACCCUGCUCGAAGCUUCGGUGCUGCCGUCAUCAUCAACAAUCAUAAAGUUUGGAAAGAUCAUUGGAUUUUUUGGGUUGGGCCGCUAAUUGGAUCAACAAUUGCUGCAAUGUAUUAUCAAUAUGUUCUUCGAGCCUCCGCCGUGAAAGCAAUCGGAUCUUUUAGAAGCUCACCGCCAACUCAUUAAAAUCAUGGACAUAAGUUUUUGUUUUUUUUCUCCCUAUCUUAUUAUCUUUUUUUUUAGUAGUAGAGAAGAAUACAAAUGAGAAGAUGAUUUUUAUAUAAUCUUUUUCCCUCCCCAAGUAGAAAGGUAGAACAGAAGUGUUUUUUUCCCCAAAGUGAAUUCUUUGUUUAAAAUAUGAUUUUGUAAUUUUGGGUAGUGAAUUGCUAGAUUGGUGUACUAUUGAAUGAAUGGUUUUAGUUCUCAAUUUUUGAA